AUGUCGGAGGAUAAACCAACUUUAGAAGAAGAAAAGAAAAAUGAAGAAUCGGACCCGACCGAGGAAUUGCUCGAUAGAUUGCCCGAGUCACUUACAACAAUGUGGGAAAUACCACAAAUAUACGAGUUCCUGUGUCUCGCUAAAUCGAGCUUGCAUAUCCAGCAUUUGUCGAUGUAUGAAAUGGAACGGAUGCUUCUAAUACCACGAGCUUCAAAACAGCUCGCUAUUAUAAUGACAAGCCUUUUGAGUCCCUCUCUCCCCCGAUCUAAACUAAAAAAAGUACCAUUAAUGCCAUAUGAAUUCUGGACAAAUUAUCUACUAGCCCACAAAGUCUCCCAGUGGUACAAAGUUUAUCAAAGCAAAGAAUAUGACUCAGUAAAAGUAUUUGAUACUAUUGGAGUUGAGCCAGAAUUUUGGGAAAUUUUUCCCGAGGUCGCUUCAAUGGGUGUUCGUGAUUUUGAAGAUUUUACCUUGAGACAACGUGUGUGGCUUCUUAAGACAGUUUGUGAUACUCUGACCCAUUCAAGAAGAUCUUUGCAAGAAGAAGUUUCUAAUCGUUAUUUAAAUGGCGAAAGUGAAAAACUUUUAGGCCGCGAUCGUUUUGGAACGCGUUAUAUUUAUUUUCCUAUUUUUCUUGAUAAUGAUUUAAGAAUUUAUAAACACUGUAUGAAUAAUAAAGUAUUUUUAAACGCAGUGCCUGUAAAAGCUAAAUUAAAGCUUCAAAAUACGAGAGUAAGAAAAAAACGCCGUGAUAGAAGACGUACUAAUCGGUGGAGAAAUGGAUUUUUACCUAAAAGACGUUCUGGUGGGGGUAAAAAAAAUUCUAGCGAAUUUUCUAUUUUAGAAAAUAGUACAAAUAAUAGAGAUAAAAAUUUAGAAAAAAAUAAUCUUGCAAUAAAUAUUAAUAUUCAUAAUAAUAGUGAUCAAAUUGAUGAUUCUAAUUUAGAUAUUAAAGAAGAUAAAAAUGGAUUGAAAGAAGAUGAUAGCAAAGCAAUAGAGUCCGUAGAGUCGGAAAUUUUAAAAGAAGAAAAAGAAAAAGAAUGUGAAAGUAAAGAAGAAAAUAAAGAAUGUGAAAAAAAAGAAGAUGAUAAAGAAGAAAAGGAAAAAGAUAGUCAAGUAAAAGUUGAGGAAAAUGAAGUGAUGCCGAAAAUUGAUGAGAAACCUCCUGAGGGUGAUGAAUACAAUGAAUGUACUGUACGAGACGACGUGUCUAGCAGCUCAAAGACUGACGAUGAGAAAAUAAAUGAGAUGUUGUCUAGUAAUGUUAAUAUAACUAAAGAAAACAAUUGCUCUGGAUCGAAAAGUGACGAUGAAAAGUUAAUCGAGACGCAGCAAGUUGUCGGUGAUAAUAUAGUUGACAAUGAAGUAACUGAAAAUAUUGAUGCUGAUUUUAAAGAUCAGAGGGAAGAAAUUGGUGAAUGUAAUGAUGAUGAUAAUAAUGAGAAGAAAGAGAGUAAUGAAGAAAUGGAUGAUUCUAAGUUGAUGGAUAAUUUAUGUCAUGAUGGAAUUGAUGAUGAGAAUAAAGUUGAAAGAACUGAGGGUUGUAAAAGAGAUAUGGAAAAUUUUAAUAAUAUUUUGACUGAUUUGAAAGGUUCCAAGUUUCAGCUUGUUGCGGAUAGCUUAGAUUCUCUCAGGAAUUUAAUUGCGGAUCUUUAUGCGCUUAAUACGGUUAAAUCGACGCAACCUGUAAGAUGUGAGAUGCUUCUGAUCAGUAAAUUGCAGGCGUUACUUGAUACUUUGAAAUCAAAAGAAUCUAUACUGAAAGAAUCGGCAGAUAAAUCGAGAGCUAAAUUAUUAAGUGAGCAAAAGAAUUUCAUUGAAGGUGAUACAAUUCUUCAACGUUUGUUACAAGAAGAAGAUAGUGAAAGAGAGAAAAUGAAAAUCAAAGAAGAAAUUGAUAAUGAUGAGUCGGAUCACGACUCGAAAGAAGAACCUGAAACCCGGCGAGUACUACGAGCCCGCGGAGUAUCUUCCUACAUUGAGCCUUUUUCGUCCGACUCAGAAAGUGCCUCGAGUAGUUACGAAGACUGGGUAGGCUUCGAGUCGGUAGAUCCAGCAACUGGAAUUCACAGUGCUCCAGCACCUCUUCCAGUCCCCGCUAAAGCUCGCUUAACAACUGACCAAUCAGACGCUACAGAUUCCGACAAAGAUUGGAUACUGCCCAGCCGCCGUAAGCGAAAGCGCAAAGGAUCAUCACCCAGCAAACGCUUAAGAUCCCAAUCCAGUAAAUCACAGCCUACAAAAGCCGACUUCAAGGAACCUGAAAUGACUCCAGAACCUGUAGUAGACCCGGUACCUGACCCAGUAUCAACACCAGACCCCGACCCAAUAAUCAGCAACAAUGGUCUUUUAAAUUCCAUAAAAAUCGAAAGUGUUCACUCUGUCCUCGACAUAAAAGACGAGGGACCAAUAAUGGACAGCCAGCCUGAGCCAGUUUCCUCGGGGAUGCAUCAGAAUUAUGUGUUAGUAAAUGCAGGAAACGGCCCUGUAAAUUACGUGGUAAUGCCUUCGGAAAAUCCAUCACUUGUUCCUCAAUCUCCAAUGAUCUCAGUGAUUCCACAAGUACCAAUGCAUUCAGGAUAUUACAUGCACAACCCACCGGGAUAUUUAAUCCCUAAUCAACCCAUGUCUAAUCACAUGCACUCCUAUGGUGAACCCUCGAAUUUACAAAUGAAUAAUCAUCAACAUAUGAUUAUCCAACAAAAUACAAAUUAUAUUCCUCCGCACAAUAAUUACAUGCCUUAUCAUCAAAUGAGAGCUCCAAUGUACUCUAAUCGGUACCAAGGACCAAUGAUGAACCAACCUGGAAUGAAUACCAUAAAUCAACAUGGAAUUAAUCAGCCUAGAAUUAAUCAACCUGCCAUGGAGCGACCAUUACCGCGUGUGGUCCAAAAUAGACCAGUUACUCUUCCUCCACGUCCUCGUCACCCUGAUGGAGCAGUCAUCAGAAGCACUGUACCCUUUAGACCGACCUAUAGGCCCGUAGCAGCUCCAACUCUUCGAGCUCGUCUUACAGCUCCUAGAAAUCCGAACCAGCAACAGAAUGUUAGGCAUAUUCAACCAAGACCUCCUUUACAAAAAAGCAACCAACCUAAGGCGAAGACUACUUCGUUGAUUGUUCUCAGUGACAGUGAUGAUGAAAUUGAAAUGAUUAUUACUGAGAAAUCUGGUAGUGCUAAUGUGACUACUCCGCAAAAACAAGGACCAAAAAAUACAGUGCAGAAAAAAGUUAUCAAUAGGGGUAAUGUUAAUGUUAAUAGUAAUAGUGGCUCUGCUCCAAAAGCUAACACUGCUACGAAAAGCGGGCUCACUCCGCAAAUUAUUGAGCGCAUGAAUCAAGGCGGUAUAUCAAUUACUCCUGUCAAGCCUAAAUCACCUGCUAAAACUUCUCCUAUUUCGGCUACCCAACUUGUCGUUGUUGUUAAUGAAACGGGAAGCCACUAUGCAUUGGCACUACCCAAUGGUAGUAAAUUAAUACUUACUCCUGAACAGGUUGCACAGAUAAGGGCUUCCAAUGGUGGUAAGCUUAUACUAUAG